AUGGCUGUGGUGUGUCUGUCAGAUUUUGAAGCUUACGCUAAGAAGUAUUUACCUAAAACUACUUGGGAUUUUUUUGCAGCUGGAGCAGAUGAUGGCACCACUCGAGAUGACAACAUCCUGGCAUAUAAAAGAAUUCGUUUCCGUCCACGUGUGCUGCGGGAUGUAUCUGUGAUGGACAUUAGGACUAAGCUCCUGGGAACUGAAAUCAGCUUUCCUAUAGGAAUUGCCCCUACAGGCUUCCACCAGCUUGCAUGGCCUGAUGGAGAGAAAAGCACGGCCAGAGCAGCCAAAGCCAUGAAUGUUUGCUACAUUGCCAGCACAUACUCCACCAGCAGCCUGGAAGAGAUCUCUGCGGCUGCCCCUGGAGGCUUCCUAUGGUUCCAGCUCUAUAUCCAUCGCAACAGGGCAGUUUCUAAGCAGCUGGUCCAACAGGCAGAGGCCUUGGGUUUCCAAGGCCUAGUUCUCACAGCUGACCUGCCCUACACUGGCAAAAGACGGGAUGAUGUUCGUAAUGGCUUCCGGCUUCCUCCACACAUGAGCCUGAAGAACUUGGAGGGAGCCUUUGAGGGAGAUGACCGUUCUGAGUAUGGACUCCCACCCAACAGCUUGGAUCCUUCACUCACCUGGAAUGAUAUCUACUGGCUGCAGAGCCUUACUCACCUGCCUAUCAUCAUCAAAGGCAUCUUGACCAAAGAAGAUGCAGAGCUGGCAGUAAGACACGGAGUUCAGGGUAUUAUUGUGUCCAAUCACGGUGGAAGGCAACUGGAUGGAGGACCUGCCACCAUUGAUGCUCUGGUUGAAGUUGUGGAGGCCGUACAAGGCAGAGUUGAGGUUUAUUUAGAUGGUGGAAUACGAAAAGGCAGCGAUGUAUUAAAGGCACUGGCACUGGGAGCAAAAUGUGUCUUUAUUGGAAGACCAGCUUUGUGGGGGCUUGCUUACAAGGGUGAAGAAGGUCUUCAAGAUGUUUUGAGGAUUUUGCGUGAUGAGUUUCGUUUGUCAAUGGCCUUAACUGGCUGUUCCAGUGUCUCAGAUAUUGGCCAACACCUAGUUCAAUUCUCAAAGUUGUGA